CGGUCAUGAGCGCGUUCGGAUUCCCGUGGCCAGAGAUGUUCAACUGCAGCCGCUUUCCUGAUGGAUCGGACCUCUGUGUCCCUGGAGAGAAAGAGCAGAACACCGAGACCACCGAUCUACCCAAAGAAGAGAGAUGUGUUUUAGAUGUUUUUGGAUGUUGUGAGAGAUGUCGCUGACCGAACAAAGUUUAGGAGAUCAUUGCACCUGUAAGGAAUGGUGAAGGUGAAUGUGUCCUUUAGUGAAGGUUCUGCUAUCUGUGAGGUUUGCACUCCAGACUCAGAUGCAGAGUCAGAGAUCCAUCAGAACUUCUGUAAGACUCAGUUUGGUUGGAGGUGAAGAUGGUUUCUCCGGCAAUAGCGUUGGCCUUUAUUCCUCUGGUACUCACAAUGAUCAUCCGCUAUCGGCAUUACUUUGUGCUGCUGUAUCGGGCCGUACUGAUCCGCUGGGUGCGAGACUGUUUAACAGGUCUCAGUCGUGAGGAGCGGGCCUAUCAGUACAUUCUGACCCACGCCACACCUGGUGACUCACAGAGCAUCCUGGACACAUUUGACCAAUGGUGCAGUCAAGUUGAGUUUAUAAGUAACAUUGGCCCAAAGAAAGGUAAGAUUCUGGAUCGGUUAAUUCAGGCUCACUGUCCGCUCACUAUUCUGGAGUUGGGUACACACUGUGGGUACAGCACCGUUCGCAUGGCACGUCAUCUGCCCAUCGGUGCUCGAAUUUACUCAGUUGAGAUGGAUGAACAAAAUGCUGCCAUUGCAGAUAAAGUCAUUCGGCUGGCAGGUUUUGAUGAAGACAUGGUGGAGCUGAUCGUACGUCCAUCAGAUGAAGUGAUCCCACGUUUACGUGAGGACUACGGCGUUGAACAUCUCGACCUGGUGUUUAUGGACCAUUGGAAACGCUGUUAUCUGCCUGACCUGCAGCUGUUGGAAGGUUCUGGUCUUCUCGGUGAAGGAUCUCUCAUUAUUGCAGAUAACGUCAUUUUUCCAGGAGCACCGAAUUUCCUGCGGCACGCCCGGCGCUCGGGCCUCUAUGAGCUCCGGGUUCACCGUGCCACGCUGGAAUACAUCCGUGGAAUCCGUGACGGUAUGGCCGAGCUGACUUUCCUCGGGAUCAAGUGAAAGAUGUUUGAGUUUUAUCUAUGCCUAUACA